CUUCUCUUCCCCGCAAGCAAACGCUGAUCGUGGAAGGAAAAUGAGAGGAUUGUUGUCACUCUUCCGUAGAAAACCACUCUCAUUCCCUCCAUUCUCUUUCUCUCCAUUCUCCACCUCGGAAUCCAAGCUCAAAGUCUUCAAUCGUGAACUCAAGCGCACACAGCGCGAUCGAGCUGCAUGGUUGAUGCCGCCGAACGACCCUCUGCUUCACACUGUUGCUGAAAAUCUAUCGGAUCGCUUGCAGGAUUGUAAGAAGAAUUUUCCAACUGCUUUAUGUUUGGGAGGCUCAUUGCAAGCUAUCACGAGCUCGCUUCGUGGCCGCGGUGCCAUAGAAAAACUAAUUGUGAUGGAUGCCUCCCAUGACAUGGUACAAGCUUGUAAGAAUGCGAACCACGGGUUGAACAAUAAUGGUAUGGAGACUAUGUAUUUGGUUGGCGAUGAAGAAUUCUUGCCUAUCAAAGAAAGCUCUGUGGAUUUGGUUAUUAGUUGCUUGGGGCUACACUGGACUAACGAUCUGCCUGGAGCAAUGAUACAGUCUAGAUUGGCAUUGAAACCUGAUGGCUUAUUUUUAGCAGCUAUUCUCGGUGGAGAAACAUUAAAGGAGCUCAGAAUAGCGUGUACUAUUGCACAAAUGGAGCGUGAAGGUGGUAUCAGUCCACGAGUAUCACCUUUGGCACAGGUUCGAGAUGCUGGGAAUCUUUUGACUAGGGCAGGGUUCACCCUUCCGGGUGUUGAUGUCGAUGAGUAUGUAGUUAAAUAUGAUAGUGCUCUGGAGCUUAUAGAACAUCUCCGUGCAAUGGGUGAAACAAAUGCUCAUUCUCAAAUGAACACUAUACUAAAGAGGGACACAGCCUUAGCAACUGCAGCUAUUUAUGAUUCAAUGUUUGCAGAAGAAGAUGGUACUGUACCUGCAACCUUUCAGGUUAUAUACAUGACCGGAUGGAGGGAACACCCUUCUCAGCAGAAAGCAAAACGAAGGGGGUCAGCUACUGUAUCUUUCACUGAUAUUCAGAAGCAAUUUGGUAGCCAGAAUUGAUUUUUUUCCUUCCUCUCCAUAUGCUACAUGCCUUAAUAAUGUUUGCCCCUUAAACAUUCACCUCAAAUCCCAAUGGAUAAUCUUGACCAAGCAUUGCAGUGGGUCAAUUUCCCUACAGUACGAGACCCUUAAUGUAGAAGACCAAUUGUCACUAGUAACUUACUUUGUUUGCUAUUAAAAUGUUAUAAAUUCUUUUUUCCUCUAUUA